ACAUUAAUAUAAAAGAAGUCUGAAAGAAGCCAAUCGUCUUUCUUAGCUUUGGGGUUAGGAGGUGUUGCUGGAAUCACCAAAACGUGGAUGACGCCCAAUUUAGCCUCUAAAAGAGGACGAAAAGCAUACAUGGCGACGACAAGUGGAGGCACCCAGAUCGACAGAUUAAGCAGUCUGCCGGACUCAGUUCUGUGUCAUAUCAUGUCCUUCCUCCCAACAAUAACGUCCGUUGCGACCAUAGACCGUUUGUCUUCUAGGUGGCGCCACCUCUGGAAAGAUCUUCAGGUCUUCCGCUUCAGCAGUGACGACUCAUAUAGCUUCAAAAGGUUUGCAUUUUUUGUGAACGCUGUGCUUGCCCUCCGCAGAUCGCGCCACAUUCGAAAGUUCGAUUUCACCUUUGAAUUUCGUGAAUACGAAGUCGAAUGUAUUGAAAUGUGGGUCCAUGCUGCCAUUGGCCCCCGCCUUGAAGAACUUGAUCUCGACAUCUAUGAAGCUGACAUAAACCUCCCUCUUUCCUUCUUCACGAGCUGCAACAACCUCGUUUCCCUCCGUCUAGGUGGUGAAUACAAUAUGAAGUUUAAACAUUCUUUAGUGCAAUUUCCAUCGCUGAAGAAGGUGUAUCUAAGCACAAUGGAUUCAGAUUCAAUAGUUGCUUUUCUCUCUGGCUGCCCCAAGCUCCAAGAUUUGGAGAUUUUCUCUGUAUAUGGAAACAGUUUGGCUAAAGCUUUCUCCAGCUCCAAGAGGUUGAAACACACCAAUGAUAAUUUCACUUGGACUUACCUUGAUCUUUGUGGCUACAGAUUGGGCAUUGCAGGCAACUUUCACACUAUGGUGGAAGCAUUUCUUGAUGUCUUUUCCUAUUGUCAAAGUGAAUUUGUUGACCCUCUUCUCAAUGACCUUCAAAAUGAUGAUUCUGAAUUAACUCUAGAGUCACGUCAUUCAACAUCAAAGUGGCCACUUCAAGUCCCUGUUAUUAAUUAUCCAGAAUUUCGCUCUUUAGAACAUCUAAAGUUCACUCUUCCCUGUUUUAACUCAACUAUUCUGGUCAACGUGCUUGAGAAAUGUCAUGACCUUAUAGUUCUCAUAAUUCAUAGCGACAAGGAGGAACCAUCGUCUUUACGAACAUGGGAGCCACAAUCAACAACUGUUCCUAGAUGUCUCAUAUCCCACCUGAAGUAUAUUUGCAUAGAAGGAUAUCAAGGAUUUGAAGACGAGCUGACAUUUGCCGAAUUUAUUUUGCGUAACGGACUUGUUUUGGAGACAAUGCUUAUUUUUGUUGACAUUUCAUUGGACAUAACAAACAAGUACCGUUCUAUCAAAAGAUUAACAAAUAUACCAAGGGGCUCUGUCACUUGCCAACUUAACUUUGAUGCAGAUGGGUCUCCUUAAGUGUGCUUUGCGGUUUCAAUAAGAAUAUGAUGGCAUUGGGAGAAAAGUAUGAAUAUGUAUUUUUCAUUUCAGCAAAUUCACAAUUCUCUGGCAGUGGAAGCUACAUAUUUUCUUUUUGGUGAUUAGUGACUCUCAAGGAUGAUUCGUUUUAUACUUGUUUUGGAAAAAUUAGUCAAGGCAUGCUCUGUCUGAUUAUCUUCUCAGUUUCUUUCUUUUUAUCAUCACCUCCAACCUGUGGUGUGUUACUUGAAUAUUCCAUGUCAUUGUAUAUAUGCUCUCUUAAUUUCUUUAUCACUAGAAGACAAAUAUCUUAUUAUAAGUUUAAUAUGAGGUAAAACAAGUUGACAUAAAACUUGAGUUUGAUAACUUUAUCUUAUAGUAUUUUACUUACUAA